CAGGAACUAUAAUUUGUACUCAUCCAAUGGCGCCGGCAUCAACCACAACAGAACCCUAUUUGAGUUGAAACAAGCAUGGUUAGAAUGGUGUUCCUCAAUGUUCUGCACAAUAUUGUUCGACCACUUCGAUAUGCUAACACUUGUCAGACAAUUCACUUAAAUGUAACACGACAAUACGCAAGAUGGAUUAGUCGAAGACCAGUUGCAAUUGCCAAUGAAGACGAACUGUUCGAAAGUGAGGAUACCACUCAAGAAAAACCUUUACGUCCCAAAACUUUUCCAAGAAAGCAAAGAAAAAAGAAACCUGUAAAAAAACCUACAGAAAUUACUGAAGAAAAGUAUAAGUUUACGAAUCUCAAAGAAAGUGAUAAAAUCGUAUCAAAAUUACUGACCGAGUUAAAGUCUCGAAAAAGAAGAGGAAAAAACGAUGAAGUGGUUUUAGAAGGAUGUAGAUUAAUUAAAGAUGCACUUAAGGCUGGUGCAGUACCAAAAGCGAUACUUUUUAAUGAUCCUUCUGAUAUAAAAGAAUUAAAUAUACCUGAAAAAGUUACAUUAUAUAAAGUUCCAUAUAAAACACUUCAACUAUGGUCUGGUUUAACUGCUUCUCCAGGAUUAUUAGGAAUUUUCAAUACACCUGAUGUAGAAAAUACUACUCCUGCUGAUAAUGCAUUACCAGUCACUAUAAUUUGUGACAAUGUAAGGGAACCAGGAAAUUUAGGAUCCAUCAUGAGAGCUGCUGCAGGUGUGGGUUGUGAGAAGUUAAUAAUAAUGAAAGGUUGCGUAGAUUUAUGGAAUCCAAAAGUUCUCAGAAGCGCAGCUGGAACUCAUUUUCAUUUACCUAUUCAUGCAUUUCCAGUAUGGGAUGAUAUUCCAUCCUUAAUUGGUAAAGACUCCAAUGUUUUUGUGACAGACAGCAACUUUGGUGAUGAAUAUAUAUCAGAGUACUCUCCUAAUAUGCUUGAAUCAAGUAUGAAUAUAUUUGAUAUUAAUCCAGAAGAAUUGAAAAACAAAUUUGGCGUUAACGAAGAAACAAACGAAGCGUCAAGAUUAAUAGUACCAAAGAAUAAGAAAAUGAUGAAAAGUUUCAUGUUGAAUCUACCUAUUGUACCAUACUAUUCUUUAGAUUAUACACAAACCGAAAUUGUAAUCAUUCUAAGCGGCGAAACCGAAGGUUUGAGUUUGGAUUGUUACAAAUUCUUAAGUGAAAGAAAAAGUAUUCGUAUCAAUAUACCUCUUGUUAAAGGAGUUGAUAGUUUAAAUACAGGAGUUGCACUUGGCAUUGUUGCUUUUGAAAUUAAGAGACAAAUUCUAAAAAAACAAAGCCAACUUUAA